AUGGCUUUCAAAAUCAGCAAUACUGAAACCAAAAAUUCAUACAGUAUGCAUGUUCAAGGUGAUGCCGAAGGUAUUAAUUUACAUAUUGUCGACGGAACAACGAAAGGAGAAGAAACACCCGUUCGAGCGGUAAUGAAUAGUGUUGGCAAAACUGCAAGUAAAGUUAUCACGAGCGCCCGUGAUCUUCUAAGUGCACCAGGAACCUGGUUAAAAGAUAUGCAACAAAAUUGGUUUUCAUAUAUGGUUGUUAUUGCCAUCAUCUUUGGAUCAGCUGCAUUAUUAUAUUGUGCUUUAUCGAUUUACUGUCAUCGAAAGAAAAACAGUAAAGUACAAAGCCAGUUUAUGGAAUUGAGCAAAAUUUUUGCCAACAAAAUUACUCAUUCACCACGGUCACCAGCAUUACCAACAAAAUUUGCAUCUGUCUUACCAUCUUUAGAAUCAAAUUUACAGGUUUGA